AUGUAUGCAGUAAGCUUAUUAAGCAAGUAUAUGUCAAGGCAUCCAGAAGUUCAUCAUUCAGCAGCCAAGAGAAUUAUAUGUUACUUGCAAGGUACAACAACGUUUGGAAUUCUUUACAGAAGGGGAGGAAGUCAUGAGUUGAUUGGUUUUACUGACAGGGAUUAUGCCGGAUCAGUGGAAGAUAUAAGAAGCACCUCACGCUAUGUUUUUAUGCUAAGUGGAGCAGCUGUGACUUGGUCUUCUCGUAAGAAACCGAUUGUAACACUAAGCACAACCGAAGCUGAAUUCAUUACAGCUGCAGGAAGUAGUUGUCAAGCAAUAUGGAUGAAACAGGUGCUAAAGAAGAUUGGCUACAUGGGCAGUGAGAGUAUUGUCAUCUUUUGUGACAAUAGCUCAACAAUUAAGUUGGCGAGGAAUCCGGUGAUGCACGGUAGGAGCAAGCACAUUGAUGUGCGCUACCAUUUCUUACGAGAGCUAGUGAAUGAUGGAGUUAUUUCGGGAGCUAAGAAGGAGGUUUGGAGUGUGUGA